CUGCCAACGGCCCAGAAACUCUGAAGGGAGGUUUCGUGGGAAUAUGUUGAUCAUGAUGCUGCUCAAGUCACUUGUGACCCUCUGCAUCCUGGCUGCUGUUGCCUUUGCUGUCCCCGCUCAGGAGAAACGCAUCCAUCACCAUGCUGAUUUGAGUGACCAUGUCCACACGGAUGAUCACGGCUUCCAGUAUGACCAUGAGGCCUUUCUGGGCAAGGAAGAGGCCAAGACCUUUGACCAACUGACACCUGAUGAGAGCAAAGACAGAUUAGCAAAGAUUGUGGAUCGCAUUGACAUUGACAAGAAUGGCUAUGUCAACCACGCAGAGCUGCACUACUGGAUCAAACACCGGCAGAGGCGGUACAUUGAGGAAAAUGUGAACAAAAACUGGAACGACUACGACCAGAAUCAGGAUGGGAAGAUUGCUUGGGAGGAGUACAAAAAUACUACCUAUGGAUACUAUCUGGAUGAGGAGUUUGAUGAUGUUGAAGACAAGGCCACCUAUAAGUCCAUGCUCCGCCGCGACGAAAGACGCUUCAAGACAGCCGACCGAGACAGUGAUGGUAUUGCUACACGGGAGGAGUUUACUGCCUUCCUGCACCCUGAGGAGUUUGAUUACAUGAAGGAAUUGGUAGUGCAGGAGACGGUGGAAGACAUUGAUAAAAAUGGGGAUGGCAAGAUCAACUUAAAUGAAUACAUUGGCGACAUGUACACACCAGAGAAUGGGGAGAGUGAGCCCGAGUGGAUCCAGACAGAGCGGAAACAUUUCGCAGAGUUCAGAGAUGCCAACAAGGAUGGCUACCUGAAUGGUGAUGAAGUGGCUGAGUGGAUUUUGCCACGAGAGGUUGACCAUGCUGACAAUGAAGCCAAACACUUGAUCCAUGAUACAGACACGGACAAGGAUGGCCAUCUGUCUCUUUCUGAGCUACUGGACAAGAUUGACUAUAUCAAGACUAGCACCAUCACUGACUAUGGAGGCAUGAGGCUGGAUGACCACGAUGAACUGUGAAUAAUCGAUAUUGUAGAUUAGUCUCUUUAGGAUUUCAAGCUGCUCUUUUUUCAGAGACAAGGCAACCCUGCUGAGGACUGUGGUUAAUGUUCAGAAACUGUUCAAAACAACACAUGGAUAUUAAAUUAAAUCUCUACCAAACAAUAAA